GUGCUAGGUACGAAGAUCAGUCUGUUUCAGCUCAGACGCGCGCUUCUGUGUUUGCCCAAAAACGCGGCGAAAAGCGGCGACAUCUAGGAGUAUAUUAACGAGAGGUAAUCUACAGACAACUGGAUUACAGCGGAGACUCCAUACACACUCCAUGAACAGGAUUAUACUUAAUUUACCAACGAAACCUUUUGUAUCGGACUGUAUACGCGUAUAGAAGAACCCUAUUUAUAACUAUUUAUUUCAGUUUAUUUCGAGAAAUGAUGAGAACGAAGAUGGUCUUGUGGACUUGGCUGUUGUUCCUGGUGGCAUUUGUGUCCCGGGGAGAAGCUGGUGAAUGUCUUAAACCUGAGCUGAAGGGAAAUGUGGUGUUCACUGACUCUGCUCUUCUGCAAAAUAAUUUUCCUAAUGGAUCUGAUGUCACUCUGGAGUGUGCUAUUGGCUAUGAAGUGGCUAAUGGCUCUGACACUAUUACAUGCCUCAAUGGGAAAUGGAGCGAUCAGAAGCUGAUCUGUAAAAAAAAAGACUGUGGUUUGCCAAGUACAACCCCCAAUCUGAAAUUUGAUACCCAUGAAGGAACAUUGUUUGGUGCAUAUAUCAAGCCAAUUUGUGAUAGGGGGUAUUACCUUCAGGGUUCUAGCUAUAGGCAAUGUCUUGCAACUGGCUGGACUGGAAGGUCAAAAUGUCUGUUGGUAACUUGUGGAAAGAUCCCUGAGAUUCCUCAUUCUAUUAUAGUCAGUAAACCAGAGAAGGAGAUCCUUGAAUUUAAUGAUGUCAUUGAAUACAGCUGUGAGGACGCUUUUACUCUUGAAGGCAACAGAUCUGUUGUUUGUCAGCAAAACAGGAAAUACAGCUCACUUCCACAGUGCAAAAAUAAAUGUUCUGAACCUAAGUUGGAGGGAAAUGUGGUGUUCACUGACUCUGGGCUUCUGCAAAAUGAUUUUCCUCAUGGAUCUAAAGUCACUUUGGAGUGUGCUACUGGCUAUGAAGUGGCUAAUGGCUCUGACACUAUCACAUGCCUCAAUGGAGAAUGGAGCAUGCAGGAGCUAAUCUGUAAAAUGGUACCUUGUGGGAAGCUUCCUGAGAUUCCUCAUUCCAUUAUAGUCAGUCAACCAGAGAAAGAGAUCCUCGAAUUUAAGGAUGUCAUUGAAUACAGCUGUGAGGACACUUACACUCUUGAAGGCAACAGAUCUGUUGUUUGUCAGGAAAAUGGAAAAUACAGUUCAUUUCCACAGUGCAAAGAGAUAGAAGGCAGUGGGUCAUUAAAAUAUCUCCAAGAUCAUUUGAAUGCAGGCAUAGGCAUCAUCACCAUCAUCGUCAUCGUUAUCUUUGGCAUCCUUCUUGGUAGAUACAUUUACCAGAAACGAAAAGGAGUGCAUCCUAGUGUUCCCAGGAUCAGCUCCGGAUCUCCCCUGACCCUGUCUAGGAUAAAGUGACUGAAGAUGGAGAUGACUAAAUAAAACUAAUUACUUCCCAUACAAUACAUCUUCAUAAUUGUAAAUCCACUUGUCAGUUGCAUGUCGGUUACAUUCCUACACUAAAAGGAGUAUAACUUCCAAAUGAACUCUGCUGCAUUCAUCUAAACUAUAGUGUAAUAGUGUUCCCAUGUAUCCAGGGGGUUAAUGCCCUAUUUGGGUCAUCUUUGUGCUUGCUAAAAUUUACAUACAGAAAUUGUGGAUCUACUCUAUUACUGUUUUCUGUUACUGAAAGAAAACACAGUAAUGGGGCAAAAAUAUCAUGGAAAAUUUACUUAUAUGCUUAGCAGAUGGCAGAUGAGACUUGUCAGCAUUAGUUAAAAAAAACAAAAAAAUGAACUAAACACAGCAUGCUUUUCUCACCUGGAAGCUAUUUAUAUCAUUACUAUUAUGUACCAGCUAAAUAGAUUGCCCAAGGGGCUAGUGGUAGAUCAGUGUGUUAAGGCACUAGUUACUGAUUGCAAGGUUGACAGUUUGAGCCCCAGCCCCACUAGGUUGCAGCUUUUGGGCCCUUGAGCAAGGCCCUUAACCCUAUGUUAAAAAACAAAACAAAAAAAAAAACAGAAUUUCACUGUGCAAUAAUGUGUAUCUAAUGAAUAAAGAUUGAACUUAAUACUACUUACUGACUCAACAAUCUGGGUCCAUAGGCAGCAUUUAUUUAAAAGUUUAGAUUACAGCUAAUGCUUAAACUGAAGUCUAUGGCUUCACUGUAUUCAUGUACAUUGGAUUGCAAGCAUAAUUCGUUCCGGAAUGCAGGUUCGUAUAUCAAAACUUUCGUAAAUCAAGGCGAAUUUUCCCAUAAGAAAAAUCAAUUGUUCCACAACCCCUCCCCCCACAAAAAAAAUACAUAAGCAUAAUUAAUACAAAACAUAAAGUAAGAAUAAAACAAAUGAACCUGCAGUUUACCUUUAAAAAAAUAACAAUAAAUCCUGACAGAUAGUG